AUGGCCACUCUCGAACCCUUUGCACAACUGGUCGCACGGCAGGACGACUCGGAAGCUACUCCGACGUGUGACACCGGAAAUGAGUAUGAUGGUCGCAUGGGCCUGCGCAUAGCCGCACUCUUCAUAAUAUGGGUAACAUCGUCGAUAGGCGCGGCCUUCCCUAUCUUCGCCCACAGACACCGAGGUCUAAAAGUUCCAGACUGGGUUUUCUUUCUUUGCAAGUAUUUUGGUUCAGGAGUGAUUAUCGCGACGGCCUUCAUACAUCUUCUGGGCCCUGCGGAGGAGGCGUUAACAAACCCAUGUCUUACCGGGCCCAUCACCGACUAUUCGUGGGUCGAGGGCAUCAUCCUCAUGACCGUCUUUGCUCUCUUCUUCGUGGAGUUAAUGGUCAUGAGAUAUGGUAGCUUUGGUGACGGUCGCAAUCAUGAAAAAGAUCAGGCACCUUCGCGCAGUCUCGGCAUCGACCAGUCUCUUGAUACAGAGAUGACCGCCACUGGUACAUCUCCUGACAAGGACAAUCCUUCUUCUACCACUCAGGCCGCCACGGCUGGACAUGGCCGAUCUCACAGCACACAUGUCCCUGGAGAGGAUCAUCUGGGCCAUUCCCGUCGACAUAGCGACAUUGAAGAUGCUACCAGUCCACUCAGUUUUGAGGACUACAAAGCUCAAAUGACGGCAAUAUUUAUCCUGGAAUUCGGGAUCAUCUUCCACAGUAUUUUCAUCGGUCUCACCUUGGCCGUGGCGGGCGACGAAUUUGAUACUCUCUUCAUCGUCCUGAUAUUCCAUCAAACGUUUGAAGGUCUUGGUCUGGGAUCCAGGUUGGCCGUCACCCCAUGGCCCAAAGAUCGAAGAUGGACGCCAUACAUUCUGGCUCUGGCCUAUGGCCUCAGCACACCACUCGCCAUUGGCAUUGGUUUGGGUGUCAGGAAAAGCUAUCCCCCCGAAUCCCAGACGACCCUGAUUGUGAACGGUGUCUUCGACUCGAUAUCGGCAGGAAUUUUAAUUUACACCGGUCUCGUGGAAUUGAUGGCUCAUGAGUUCAUGUUCAGUAAUUCCAUGCGAAAUGCAAGGAUACAAACGAUCCUGGCUGCUUUUGUCGUUAUGUGUCUCGGCGCUGGGUUGAUGGCUUUGCUUGGGAAGUGGGCUUAG